GUCCUCGGCCGUAGAGCCGCGUCUCCCGUAGGCUGACACGACCUGAAGUCCGGGGCUCUGCUUGGUGAUAAGGAAACCAAGGCACAGAUAGUUUAAGUGACUUGUCCAAGGUCAUACAGCUUUUUUUCUUACAAGGCUAAGAAAAUCACAAGGCACAUGUCAGUGAAUCAGCAACAUCUAGAUCCAGAUAGUACUACAGAUGUGGAAGAUGUUACAGAUGCUGAAGAAGAACUUAUUAAAAAAUGUGAAGAAAUGUGGAAAGAUAUGGAAGAAUGUCAGAACAAAUUAUCGCUUGUUGGAACUGAGACACUCACUGAUUCAAAUGCUCAGCUGUCAUUAUUAAUUAUGCAAGUGAAAUGUUUGACUGCUGAACUCAGUCAAUGGCAGAAAGAAACUCCUGAAAUGAUUCCACUGAAUGAAGAAGUUCUGGUAACAUUAGGAAAAGAAGAGUUCCAAAAAUUGACACAUGAUCUUGAAUUGGCACUAUCUACUAUUCAGUCAAAGAAUGAAAAGUUAAAGGAAGACUUAGAAAGGGAGCAAAAAUGGUUGGAUGAACAGCAACAGAUAUUGGAAUCUCUUAAUGUACUACACAAUGAUUUGAAACAGCAGGUUGUGACAUUUUCUGAAUCAAGACUCUUUAAUGAGCUGAAAACGAAAAUGCGUGAUAUAAAAGAAUAUAAGGAGAAACUCUUGGUUACCUUGGGUGAGUUUCUAGAAGACCAUUUUCCUCUGCCUGAUAGAAAUGUUAAAAAGAAAAAGAAAAACAUUCAAGAAUCAACUGCACAGCUGAUAACACUGCAUGAAAUGUUAGAGAUUCUUUUAAAUAGAUUAUUUGAUGUUCCACAUGACCCUUAUGUCAAAAUUAGUGAUUCUUUUUGGCCACCUUAUAUUGAGCUGCUUCUGCGUAAUGGAAUUGCCUUGAGACAUCCAGAAGAUCCAACCCGAAUAAGAUUAGAAGCCUUCCAUCAGUAAAAAGAUGGUCUUUUUUUCACACAGUACUUAAAGAAUCUUUUCAUUCAAGGAUAAUGGAAACACUGAGAAUUACUUGGAUAAGGAACAUUAUUUGCAAAUCAAAGCACAUAGUCCAUCUUCCUUUUGUGCUUAAAAUGACUCAUGCUGCCAUCCACUAUUCAUUUAAAAAUGGUCCUUUCGCAGUCAGUCAUUGCUUUGGUAUUCUCAGCUGGGUGGACAAGAAUGCAAGUGAAAAAUAUCCUAGACUUAAUCAUUACAAAACUUUAAAUAUACCUUACUUCUGCGAUAUUCUUUGGAAAAUUCGUUGUUAAUUUAUGAUAUUGAUAAUGUAAUAUUUUUCUUUUAAAAUUUAUGACAGUUUCUUUUAUGCAUUUUGAUUUCCAUUUGGUGCUUACAUCCUUUAAAUUUACAAAUUGUAAUGGAAAGACCAUUUAAUUUGCAGGAGGUUUAAAAAUUGACUUAGUAUCUUAAUGUAGAAGGAAGCAUAAUUUAAAAGUAUUUAGUAAAUCUGUUCCAUGUAUACUGCCAUAUUUCUAGAUUUGUUAAAAAUUGGAAUGUUAAAAAAACUAAUGGAUAAAGGUAGCAUGAAAACUAUAUUUUAAUGUGUAUUAUAUUACAAGUGAUAAUAUAUAUUAAAUCAUUCUUGAUUCUGUUAAUUAUUACUAACAAUACUGUGUUCAUGAAAUUUCGUUAAUCCUCUGUGACUUUUCUGUAAAUAAAAUUCUCAUUUAAAACUCUCU